UUCCCAGAGCGCUUCCUGCGCAGCCGCGCCGGGUGCUGGCCGGAGCUCCCUGCCGUACCUGGGGCCGCCGCUCUGGGCAGCGCCAGCCGCCGCYGGGACCCCAAUGGCGGGACGGUGCCCGCGGGCCGGGGCGGCUUAGGGGAGAGCGCCACAGAGGGCUCCGUCUGCGCAGAGCUUCGCUGGGAGGCUCGAGAKUGAGGCCGGCGCACUGGCGGAGUCCGGAGGGCUGGGCCUGGCACGGCGCAGAAAAUUAWUUUGUGAAGAAAUGGCCACCAGAACUGGAAAUGAAAAGAGUGUGAAUCCUGUGCUCAGAAUAAGUCAACUUGAUGCUCUUGAACUAAACAAAGCCCUGGAACAACUAGUGUGGUCCCAGUUUACCAGCUGUUUUCACGGAUUUAAACCAGGGGYGUUGGCUCAUUUUGAACCAGAAGUAAAAGCAUUUUUAUGUCUUAUAUUAUGGAAAUUCACUAUCUAUUCCAAGAAUGCAACUGUGGGACAGACUAUUCUCAAUAUUCAGUACAAGAAUAACUUAUCUAAGACAGAGAAAUACCAACCUCUGAGCAAACACCAGAAGUUAUGGUAUCUGAUUUUCACUGUUGGUGGAARAUGGUUGGAAGAAAGAUGUUAUGAUUUAUUUAGCAAUCGUCAACAGCAAUCUUUCUGCAAAAUUAAGAACUAUAUUAGUUUUGGAUCUGGACUUCUUAAGCUUUGUGGACUUUUAAAUUUUCUGAUUUUUCUUCRGAAGGGAACAUUUGCAACACUUACAGAACGUAUUCUAGGAAUUAGAUCAGUUUUUUGCAAGCCGCAAAGUGUUCGUCAAGUAGGAUUUGAAUAUAUGAACAGGGAGCUCCUAUGGCAUGGCUUUGCUGAAUUUUUGAUAUAUCUGCUCCCACUCAUUAAUGUACAGAAACUGAAACUUAAAAUUUCUUCUUGGUGCUUGCCUAUCACAGGCCUUUCAAAUAGUGAAAACACAUUAGUGGCUCACUGCAGGGAAUGCUCACUGUGUGGGGAAUGGCCUACCAUGCCACAUACCAUAGGCUGCCCACAUGUUUUUUGUUACUACUGUAUUAAAAGUAACUUUUUAUUUGAUAUGUAUUUUACGUGUCCUAAAUGUGGCUCAGAGGUACACGAUCUUCAGCCAUUGAARUAUAAAAUUGAAAUGACAGAAUUGCGUGUUUGAACAUGAGGUUGAUUUAAUUUUAUACUGUACAUGAUCAAAUGAUUCAAUCUGUUGAAGAGAUUAAUGGAAGAAUUUGGAAAUUAUUGGAAGCAUAGACUGCUUAAAGGUGGUUUUGGAGACUGUAAUUUAUUAUAACGUAUUUUUACUGGUCUUAGGCUUUUAUUGAGUUAUAGUUCUGUAAUGCCCUACCCUGCCUGACAGGUUAGGGGAAUGUAGUUGGAUUUACUCUGGGUGGUAUGUGGGAGAAYCUACAAUAUUCUCAGGAGGUUCAGUAACAACUCUURCUUGCAAACUUUAGAACCUUCCAGUUGAAUAAGGCACUUGGCAAACUUUUGCUUAGCAGUCUUUAACUUAUCCAGACACAGUGCCAAUACCARCUUAGCUAGUAGAUGGAUUUGGUGGGAAGGUCGUUCUGUUUAUGCUUAAAGAAUAAUUUUAAAUUGGAAUUCCCAAUGUGGUGUUACACUAAAAAAAAACAUAGUUGUAAGGAAGGUGUAAGCAAAACAAUGCCCCUUCUAGACCUUAAUGAGAUGGCAACUUUCUUAAGCAACCAUGUCUCUAAUUUUCAACAACAUGUAAUUUAUCUUCCACUUCUUCCCUAAAAUGCUSAGGGAUGAAACCCGUCAUCCAUGGGAAUGUGGCAACUGCCCAGGGUAACCCACAUUCUUCUGAGUCACUCACACUGAAGGAAACAGUUUAUUGAUGAGAUGCUCUCUGUAGGAAUUGUKCUCUUGUUUUCUUGGUGUGGUCAAGGUGGGUGCCAAAUCUCAAGAGUUCACCUCCACACAGGAAAAGAUCGAACAUAUAWGCAUAUUAAAAUAGGUAGAUUUCCUGCUUUUUGUUUCCAUUAUUUGAUUUGUUAGUAGGCUUUACAGUAUUUUAAUUGUUCUAACCUUUAUUCAUUUACUCGUCAACCUGGUUUUAUAAGAUUAUUUUCUUUUUAAGUGUAGUUCUUUCCUAACAGGAAGUCUUACYAAAAGUCUCAUUAACACAAAAAUAUGUUGCAUCCUCUUUUGAAUCUUAAAUUGUCAAAAACAUAAGCAGUUAAAUUGAGUAAAUAGCUUUAUGGUGGCUGUGUUUUUGAUUGGCAAUCAUCAAUAGUCAGUCCCAAAAAUAGCAGGGUAACAACUGAUCGAGUAUCUUUGAUCUACUUUUAUGAAAUGGUUUAUUACAUUCUUCAUUCUACAUUCUGAUUAAAACAACCCACCAGCCUGUUUGUUUGAAGAUCUUAAAUUCUAGGUUUUGAUCUUUAGAGUGACACACAGCRCUUUCAUCUGAUGUAAUUAAAUAUAGUUAGCAGGUGGGCUGCCCAAAACUUCAUUAAUUCUGCUACUGUUCUGUGAGUCAACAGAGACUUCAGAGCAAGUGCUUCCAGAUACUGUGCUGCAAUAUUAUUUGCUGUCAGAUGUGUAUAUUAGCAGCCUGCCAUAUUUGUGUUAUUUGCUGUUGCAAUUARAACCAGCAGGUGCAAAUCCAUCUUUAUUACAGUAUCAAAACUGACAAGUCAGUUGGAGAGCAUCCUGGAGUUACUUCCUGAUCAUGAAGGGAUUUUGUAUGAAUUGUCCGUCCACAUGACUUAAUAGCUUUUCCCAAGGAAAUGUAUUAGCAACCCURACUUCAAGGUGAUCUAAUAUCUCCAGAAACAUCAUCAGCGUUUUUGAUACUUCUGUCUUUAACUGUCUUUAUUAAUUAAGGUUUGUAUGAAUCCAAAAUGCAGUGUUUAUAGCUUAUAGCAGACUUUUGUUUUCUGUGGACUCUUCAUGUCACAGAGCAUUAUUUUGUCGAAAGAGUGUGAAUUCUCUAUAUUGGCUUCUGUUAGGUGUCAUGUCCUUCUUAUGUAGGAGUGAGCUUCUUUCCUAUUUAGAAAAGUUUCAUUUUCCUGAAUAUUUAAASAAUGUUAUCUUCCUUUUUCAUUCCACCUCCUUCUGUCCUGCUGUUUGAUGUCUGAAAGCUGUAUGAAUUUCCUGGGGUUUGUUUUGUCUCUUGCAGCUUCAUGCAGGUAAAAUUUGUAAUCUGUUUUUCAUCCCUUUUACACUAUCAGUACAAAACCUGUUUCCAGCAGUUUAGUACCUCUAUUGUACAGCUGUUUUCUGUUGGCUGUGCUGUAUUGCACUUKACUGGGUUUUUUGUUCUGGAAUUAAACUUUAAAUACUUAACUUACGAUAACCUAUUAUACCAAAGCACUGGCUUACUUCUGUAGCAUCUCCUCRUCACUGUGUUGGAUCUGUAGCCCAUAGCAUUGACUAAGUUUGUAAAGUCUGUGUCUUAUGGCAUAAACAGUUUUUAUUACCCUAAUAUCAUAGAUCUUAAGGUGGAUGUUUAGUUCUUUUAUUUUCCAUACAAGUACACAGGGGUACCAAGCAUCUCACAGAAGUAGGUGGUUUGGAAAAAGAAUGGUUGUUUUUGUCAGAUACAGAUUUUUUUUUUUUUUUUUGAUAUCUGCCAUGUCGUAAAACCUUUGUUCAGUUGUAGUCACAGCGGAGAUUGAUGAGACCAAGGUUCCAACUUGAAUAUUGGAAAACAACUUGCUACCAGCUUAGCUUUUUGGUACUUCAGAAUCAAUAUUCAACAUUUUCCUUUCAGCACUUUAAAAUUAUAUUAUUUUUAUUUUAAUAUUGUAAUUCUAUUUUAUUGUGUCCUAUGACCUAUAAGCUGCAGAAGAGUCUUACUUGAACAUAUUACAAGAAAAAAAUCAGAUAAUUUGUAGACUAAUCAAAGGAUAAUUAGUUUUAUAUACUAAUUACGCUGAUAAUUUGUCCUCUUAAGCAUUAUAUUUUUCAAAGGRCUGCUACAUCUGGUCAUGCUUCCUGCAGCAGAGGGAAUAAAACUUAUUUUGGAAUGUUAAUCUUUAAACAAAAGGGGUUUAGUAUUCCUCUGCCRUGAGAUCGUACUUGUGAGUAGUCGUAUGUACAUCAGUGAAAAGGGUAAAUGCUUAGAAUUUAAGGAAAGUAAAGGACCAGUACUUCUAUUCARUCUUGGAUGAGAGUUACAGCCUUGCAUUCCCAGUUUUCUUCAUGUUCUCUUGUAUGUCUUUGUGUGCUAUGUGAACRUUUUCAUUAUUAAAAUAUGAAGGCAUAAAUGAAACAGACUAAUUACAAUAAUAAACAUGCUAGAAAACUUUCCAUAUCUUUAUUUGAAUCAGUAUUACUGUAGAUUGCCACAAGGUGUGAUUCAGGAGGCAUUCGGAUGAAAGAAGUCAAAGAGUGCUGGUUCUUACCUCCACAAACUGUCACCACUCCAUCUAGUCUUUAUGCUUUAAGUGGAAGUCUUCUUUUAUAUAAGUAAUGUUAUAGAAGACUUAAAAAUGGGAAUUUUGGUAAAAAUAUUCUGUGAAAGAAAUGCGAGGGAUAGUAUUUGAUUUCGGCCUUACCUGGAAACAGACAAGGAGGAUCUCAACAUUAGUAAAGAGACAACGUGGAGAAAGACGAAAGAUACGUGUUUCCUAARUACAAUCUAUUAAUGUCCUUAUUUGAGAAUACUAAUCGAAUUGUUAUCUAAGAUGUGUCAUUCUUAUGAAAAUUAAGUUGACAAAUAAAUGAUACUUUUUAA